AUGACUUCUUGUAGCAAGUAUGAAAUCCCGGAUGAAGAUUUCUAUUUGUGUCACGCCGUGGAUCGGCAGCUGUACUCAAGGUUGGCAAUCAAUCUAAGCCGGCCUGCCGAGGAGUCGGUUCACGUGAUGGCGUUUCUGAUGUGGCUUCAAUCUGACAUCUGUGAAACGAAAGGGAUUCUGGCCAAAGUGCUGGAAUUCUCGGACCGUUUAUUCAACGAAAUCGCUACAGAAUGCGUGUUCUGCCUGAGGUGCGUGAGUACCGAUAUCCCUCCGUUCACCGAAGGAGUUUACGACAUUUCUCUAGUGCCAAGACUAAUGGGCUUGAAAAAGCUCAACCUCCAAAUCCUCCAUUUUCACCGAACCGAAGUGAUUCUAGGGGUUAGCGGUUUCGUGAAAGAUGUCUGCACUAGAGCUUUCAGGGACAUCUAUUACAAUGUGAUGACCAAAGGGAAAUUCAACGCCUCUCCUCCGGCUGAUCCGGUGACGGAUCCAAGACUGCUUUUUGGGAGUGAAAACUAUGCGAAAACCCCAAUUAGGGCUAAUGAUGGAAAUUCCCUGAUCAUGGAUUUGUCACUUGACAUUGAAUCCAUCUUUGCUCCUUCUUCCGAGGAUAAGGCUCGCCACCCAAAGUUGGCGGACGCUGGCAGCCGGGUAGCCUGCGGUUACAAAGCCGGAUCUCCGGGAAUAUUAGCAAAACCACUCAAGUUGGUGCAUCUGGAUGCUCGCGAAGAUUUAAUCUUGAAUGAGCUCAGGAAAAUCUUCGAGCCGCUGGACCGCAACAAAUUUGUCCUGAACAAUGGAGAUGAUCAUCAUCGUCCGGUGGCAUCCAUGCCGCCGCCACCGCCAGGCCCCCGGCCGCUGAAAUUGUUGGCGAGAUCAUACAAACCAUAUCACCCGCGGGCACCACCACUACCACCACCGCCAGCUUCCACCUUGGGUUAUGCUAUGAAUAUGAUUCCACCACCUGUUACUACUAAUCCUCCUCCAUCAGGGGUUUUCUCCGUCCCUCCGGCAGCUCAGCUGCCGGAGCCGAGCUGGGCUAAUUCUUCUGCUGCUCAGGGAAAUGCAAACGGCGGUUAUCCUAAAUAUCGGCCGCCGCAACAGCCUAGAUUCGUGAGUUACGAUCCAGCCAGUGGUGGGAUGAACAGCCAAUAUGGUGGUGGUAGUACUAAUAACAAUGAUGAUCAGACCAACUAUGUUAAGUACAAUGACCUUGAUGAUCUCCUGCCGGACGAUCGGACAGUUUUCUUAACAUUCUCCAAAGGUUAUCCCCUUGCCGCCUCCGAUGUUUCCGACUACUUCACCAGGAAAUUCGGUCCGGGUGUCAUAGAGCGAAUGUACAUGCAAAUUGUGCGACCAGAUGAACAGGUGCUUUAUGCAAGGAUGGUGUGCACCUCUCCUGCGGCCAUGGAUUUGAUCAUUCAAGGUGGUAAAGCCAAGUACAAUAUCCAUGGCAGGCACUGCUGGGCUCGGAAAUAUAUCAAGAAAAUCAGAACUCUUCAGACAGCCGCAACUGCUAAUUCUUCCUAUCUACUUUAA